AUGGCAGAUGACUACUGCAAGGUGACCGAUGACAAGGAGACAAGCUGUCAAAGCAACUGUGAACAGCCAGACAGUGGUGCAUCGGGCAGCGAUGUGCAAAAACGUAUCAUCGGAUACUACGAGGCGUGGAACCAUGAGAAGAAAUGCAUUGGUAUGAGGAUGCAAGACAUUCCGGUCGGCAGUCUGACUCACAUCUACUACUCAUUCGGCUACAUUCGCCCAAGUACAUUCGACAUCAUUCCCAUGGACGAUGGGGAGGAGCUAUCUACUGAUACAUUCACCGAGUUUGCUAGCCUCAAACGGAAGAACCAAGGACUCAAGGUCAUUAUAGCCUUGGGGGGAUGGACAUUCAACGACAACGGUACGAUAUGGCAACCGGUGUUCAGCGACUUAGCGUCGACAUCAGCUAAGCGCGGUCUGUUCAUCAAAAAGCUCUUGACGUUCCUUAAUCGUUAUGGUUUCGAUGGGGUAGAUCUCGACUGGGAAUAUCCGGGAGCUACCGACCGUGGAGGCAAGCCUGAUGACGGUGAGAAUCUUACCAAACUCAUCAAACAAAUGCGUUCCGAGUUUGAUAAGUCGGGUGGCUCGCACAAGGAGAUAUCCUUUACAGCUCCUACCAGUUACUGGUAUUUGCGACAUUUUGAUGUAAGAGCCAGCGUCCAAGCUGCGGACUUCGUCAAUGUGAUGGCAUAUGAUUUACACGGAAUCUGGGAUGCCGAGAAUCCUAUCGGAGCCCAAGUCCUCGCUCAUACCAAUCUUACCGAGAUCAACAAAGCACUAGACCUACUGUGGCGUAACCAUGUGGACCCCAAAAAGGUCAACAUGGGACUCGGUUUCUAUGGUCGGUCUUUCCAACUAGCAGAUCCUGCAUGUUCACAGCCUGGUUGUCUGUUCAAGGGUGGUGCUUCACCGGGUCCAUGCACAGCAAACUCUGGAACAUUGUCAUACUCCGAGAUUAUGGAUAUAAUCGCUCAGAAUGAUCUGACGCCAUACUACGACUAUGAGCACGGUGUAAAGUAUGUGACCUGGGGCGGCGAUCAAUGGGUAUCCUUCGACGAUCACGAGACGUUUCAACAAAAGAUCAAGUACUUCAAUGCCAUCGGACUAGGUGGCUUACUGAUCUGGGCCAUCGACUUGGAUACGAAACAGCUCGACGCACUUGAGGCAGUCCUCUACCCGGAGCCACUCGGCGUCAAAGCCGAAGGCGCUACGGCUGUGGACAACUGGCAGGAUUCCGGUACUGGGAAGUGCCGAGUAACCGACUGUGGCGUCAGCAGUUGCAAGAUUGGCGAGAUUGCUGUCACGCAAACGCAAUGCGAGGAUGAAGAUUUCUGGGAUGGGUCCUACAGGAUAUCUACUUUAUGUUGCCCCCUUGCAUCGGCUCCCAAAGCUGAGGAUUGCAAUCCCCCAAAGGAAGAAGAAGCAGACACCGAGUUCAAUCUCAAGACGGAUCCAACUUAUGGUGGUACAAACACCGUACCAUUCUCCGAGGAACCGGACAAUGCGCCAUUUGGUUUCGUUGUCCUUACGAGUCCGGACACCCUGCAGGUGUCUCUCGACAAGCGAGAUGGUUCUCAUUGGGAGGUGUUUGACUGUUUCGACUCUAUUACCGAGGGAGAACACACCGUGAGAAUGAUGUGCACUGACCGAAGUGAACAUUCGAACUGCGACAAGAUUCAUCUCGGCCAUGGUGCGCCUGGUACCAUCGUUGAAAUGCCAGCUGGGUGCGGACCAGGCAAGUAUGCUGUGGUGAAGACCUUGGAGGUGAGCAAGAACCAAGGCCUGCCUCAUCGCCUUGUCAAGCGAGGACUCUCAGUCAUCGACCAUAUCUACGACCUGACCUUCGACUAUCAAUUCAAGCGAGUGCCACGCGAUCUGGGUACUACUCAGAUGAGGAUUGACUUCAGUAACGAGCCCGAGUACUGGGACAACAUUGUCAACAAGACUGCGAGCGGAAAACACCGAAAGAGGCGUUUGGAGGAUGUUGGCGGCAGCCACAGGCGCUGGCUAGAGGAGGAGUGGCGCGAUGAUACUCAUUUUGGCGCAUUGUCUAUCGAGGAACUGCACAAGCGUUGGUUCGGUAGUGAUGUCGUUGACUGGUUGAAAGGAAUCAUCAAUGGAGUGUCUGGUGGUCUUGACCUUGGCCACACGUAUUCGGACGACUUCAUACUCAAGAUCAUCGACCAAAAGCUGACUUGUCCAAACAUGGCCGCCAAGCUAGAAGUCAAAGCAGAGUGUCACGUUGAUGUCGACGUCAACUAUGGCUUCACGCUUGUCGCCACGCUGGGCAAACCGGGUAGCUUCAUCGACCUCAGUGAUUCCUUCCUUUAUUUUCGGACGAAGGGCGAGGUAGACGCCAAAUUUGUUAUCGAUGCAGCGGUCACAGCAAUGUUCGAUACCGGAGACAUCAUGAUGUUUUCUGCGGAUAAAUUUGGGGCAGCUUUUGCUGUGCCCGGCAUCGUCACCAUCGGUCCCAACUUCAAGCUUUUUGGAAGACUGGAAGGUCAAGCGACAUUGGGCGUCAAAUUUGAGAGCAAGGUCAAACUCGCAGAAUGGGAUGUUCGGCAAACCUAUCCAGUCGCGAAUAAUGAUUGGAUCCCAGACGCUUCAAAGACUCCGAAGAAAAAGGGGACGCAGAAUGUGCUUGAUCCCGAGUUUGAGUACGGCGUGACGCUCGAGGGCUAUCUUACCGCCCACGUCAAACCGACGAUAACCUUCGGCAUCGACUUCAACGCAGACUUCAUACCAAUCGACAGCUGCGCUGUUAACCUUGUUGCUGAUGGCCAUGUCACUUUCCACGCCGAGCUAAAGUUGAACAGCGAUUCCUCUUUCUGCUAUGGCGUAGACGCUGGUGCCGAUCUCUAUGCGACUAUCGAUGCUCCAUCCGAGUUUGAUUGGGCGCUUCCCAGCACACCGUACCCCAUUGUUCCCGUCGACGACGUUCAGAUUUACCCCAGUGACAAUUCACCAGCAUGCAUAGAUUUGUCCAAAAGGCGUGCUGUUGAUGACGUCCCAACUAUCGUCAACGCCUCCGCGCGAUUGGAGCGACGAUCUGGAGAUCCGAUGUCGAUCGCGCAGGAUGAAAGCAAACAUGAUCGAGGUCAUUUUCAAAAGAGGGCCCAAGUAUACGGCCCGUUGGUACCUCGCUUGGAUGGCUUGAAUUGUCCCGGCGCCAUCGAUGUGGGCGACAUACCGCCAUGUCCGCUGUGUGGCGACGAUGACGACGAAACCGUAUCAAAACGCGCUGAAUCUUGCUGGCUCGAUUCUUACGCCAAAGGUCCUACGUGUGACAUCGACAUCAACGAGAAGCGUGACGCCGAGACAGGCAACAAGAACGGAAGCCUGACGGACGACGAUUACAGUGCCCUUGAGCAAAUGCAAUGGAUUGAGCAAAAGCAUCAUCUGGAGAAGCGUGACCCAGAGAAACUCAUCAAGUGGGAUGGCAUACCGCUGCCCUGCGGGCAUUAUAGGUAUUGCUCUGAAGCAAGCAAGCAGAGUGGAGUUAACAAGUGGUUCGGCUAUCGAGACUUAGACGGUCCGUGUGAAUUGGAGGUGGUCAAACUCAAAGCCUCUGAAACAAACACAAAACUAUACGCGA